CAGGUAAAGUCGGAGACAAAGAAAACUCUCGACACGGUAUUCAACGUCCUUUUGAAUCCCAGAGAAAAAAUCUCAUUCAGGGCCUCUGAGCGCCAAUACCGCUCUUCCAUGGUUAUACCGUUCCUUCAAUAAAGCUUUCCCUUUCAAGAUCUCUCUCUGUUUUCACUGAUUAUUGGCCCAACAUUUCUUCCUCUUUGAACCCAGCAUCUCUCUUUUAGUUCUUCACGAUCCACACAACUCUUUUUCAGAGCUAAAAGUUAUAUUUCUUUUUUCUUUCUGUUUCAUCUUCUCUCUGUUUUUCUCUUCACCCAUUUCCCAUUCUUCGUUUUCUUAACACUUCUGCCCUAGUUUUCACAAUCUCUCAGGAAAAAAAAAACGACCAAUUUUUAGCGUCCCCGUUUCCCUCACAUUGUUUUCCGUUCCAAUUUUCCGGGAAAACAACACUGGAAAAUCUGCCAUAGCUAUGGAUACAAUCCAGGACCAGAACCAGAACCUUCCGUUCACAUUCAACGACGGUGUCGAUAUCAGAUCCUCCUUAUCGCAUCUCUUACUAACAGGGGGCACCAACACCUUGGACUCAAUUUUCUCGCUUUGCCCUCCAUCAUACGCCAUCACCAACUCGGUUUUUGAGCCUCUGGGCUCCUCUGUUUACCUUCGCCAGAGAGACCUUCUCCAAAAGUUCGGCCAUGAAAGCCGGGCAAACAGCGCGUUUUCUCGCACUACAGCGACGAACCCACUUCAGAGCUCUGUAUGCACAAGCACUUACAUGAACCCGUACAAGAAAAAGCUGUACAGGGGAGUGAGGCAGAGGCAUUGGGGCAAAUGGGUCGCCGAGAUUAGACUACCACAGAACAGAGUGAGAGUCUGGUUGGGUACCUAUGACACCGCUGAAGCCGCUGCUUAUGCCUAUGACCGAGCUGCUUAUAAGCUUCGUGGGGAAUACGCACGCUUGAAUUUUCCAAAUCUUACGGAUCCAAGUGAGUUAGGAUUUCGAGAUUGUGAGAAAUUGAAUGCUUUGAAGAGCUCCGUGGAUGCCAAAAUCCAAGCUAUUUGUCAGAAGGUGAAAAGAGAGAAAGCUAAAAAGAAUGCAAAAAAGAAAAGCAGUGUAGGUUGUGAUGGUAAAGGUAAUGGUAAUGAGGUUGAAAAGGCAACGAAGGUCGAUUCAUCGUCAUCUUCGUCGUCAUUACCGUUGUCGCCGUUGGCUCUUGGUGACAGAUGGGGCAGUGAAUGGUUAUCGCCAGCAGUUUCUGAAGAAGAGUUUUUGAAGUGUGAGAACUCACCGCCUUCCGUUUCUACCGAGUGUCCGACGAUGGCGGUGGCAGAGGAACCAGAGUUAGAAGGCUGUUUUCUGGCGAGGUUGCCUUCUUACGAUCCCGAAUUGAUCUGGGAAGUUCUUGCUAAUUAGAGGAGGAGUUGUUUCUCUCAAGCUCAAGUGUGGAAUUCUUGUCAGUUUUAGUGUAAAUUGUAGUUUUGGGGAGGGGCACUCUGGGCAGAUGCUUUCUUGUUCCAAUUUUAUGUUCUUUUAGCUUUAGUUAUGAUAGCUUAUGUUUUUAGCCUUCUGCCUUUUAGUUUGAAGGCGUAAGAGUAUGUUUUAGCCUUCCUUGAGGUAAUUUACUAAUUUCCCCUUCUACUACAAGGAAUGUUUGAUGGGAAUCCUUUAGUUUAAUAUGUUGCUAUAUUUUGAGUUGAGGAAUAAAGCUAUAAUUUUUUUUUUUUA